CGCUCAGUUUUGGUUGCGCGUCCGUUGCGAGCAGUUGUUGCUGCUUCACCCUCUUUUCGGCGCCCCUGUGUUAAUUAGCAGCCCCCCUUGGGCUGAGCCCCUGGAGAAUAGAAGAGAAGAAGAGGAUAAGGAGAAGGAGGAGAGGCUGCAUGUGCGCGUGAAUUACCGUUGGCGUGCGAGCGGGACGGCAUGUGCUGGGUCACAAUGGCCCGCAAGGACGAUCCCGUUUUCAACGUGCGGUUCGUGCAGUUCGUGGAGAAUCAGCCCUGCCUGUGGAACUACACGCAUCCGGGGUACAGCAAAAAGGAGGAGGUGCAGAGGGCGUGGCAGCAGGUGGCCAAUGAGAUCAAGGACUCGGUGCGCAACUGUCGCGAGAGGUGGCGCACGAUAAGGAGCAGCUUCCUCCGAUCCCUGAAGCUGGCACGCACCCAAACGGGCCGCGGGAAGCGCAAAUACUACCUGUCCAAGUACCUGCAGUUCCUCAUUCCCUACACCAAGUCGCGAUCCUGUCACAAGCAGCUGCCUGCGAUGGCCACCACUGGCAGUCCCACGGCGGGAAUGGUGCUACGAAAACCCGGGAAUGCCACGUCCAGUCUGCCCAGCUAUCCAUCAGAUUCAAAUCGGCAGGAGGACGAGGAGGAGGCCAAAGAGAGCGAUAGCGAAAUGCCACUGGAUGUGCAGGUUUCCGAGGAGGAGGAGGAGCUGAAUCACCCAGGGCGAGAUCGGGAGCAGGAUCCGAAUGAGAAUCAUGAGCAACCCACCGCCUGUUUGCCGCUCCGCCUUCAGGCGAUCAAAGUGGAGCAGCCCUCCCAGAAUGCGAAUCAGAAUACGAGCCCGCAGCUGGAGAGGAUCGUGAACCAUCAGUCGCUGGUCACCGUGCCCGCCGCCGCCUUGGGCAGCCACCUGGACUGGACGGAUCUGUCGCAGUGGUUCAAGGGCAACAGCAGCCACCUGAACCACAAGAUAACCACACCACCGCCACCGCCGGCCACGCCAGCCUUAACCGGAGGAUUGGGCACGGGAUCGGGAGCCAUUUGCUCGUCACCGGAUGCCGACUACUCCUUUCUGAUCAGCCUGCAUCCGUACCUCAAGGAAAUGAGCGGCAAGCAAAAUCGACGAUUUCGCCAGAAAGUCGUCGGUCUCAUCGACAAUAUCCUGGAUAACAUAGAUCUUUAACUUCGGGUGGAUCUACUCCAAAAGAAUGCCUUACAAUUGGUCCCAGUGAUAAGCCUAAAAAUGAUAAAUCCAAAACACCAUUAACAAAAAUAUGGAAUUUGCUUUAAUUGAAAGCAAGGUCACACUGAUUAAACAGCUGACAAUCAGCUGGUACCUGAAGGAAAUCUUAAUCGGUUUCAAGAGCACUUAAAAUAUUUAAAUGUUUGCACAACAAAGCUAAGAUCUUUCUGGACCUAAUACUAUUAGACCCAUCAAAAGAUGAACAAUUUAUACUCUGAUCAGUUUGAAAUACCUGUUUGUCAAUAUCAAAUCUAUUGAAUCAUACAUAUUUUUGGUUUCAAAUUAUAUUCUUGGGGAGUUGCUGGCCAUUAUAAUUCUACCUUCUAGAAAAAACACUUAGUUUUUAGUUAUUUAUGUCUAAGAUAAGUGAAUUUAAAUGGGUUUCAUUCUUAUUCGCUGAUACUAAAUUGGAAA